ACCAUUCUUUAUAUAUACUAUACAAUCCAAUCGUCUUUCGUUUCGUUUAUUGCAAAACCCCUCUAACUUAUAUCGAUCAUGUCAUCAACACUAGCCAUUAUUCUAUUAAAUAUGCCCAACAACAUUAUCACAUCAAUCUUUGAACAAGCAGCAGCUAAAGAAGGCCCUUUACCUGCUUCGAAGGCAUCCAUCGAGUCGUUACAAACCGUAAAAGUGAGCCAAGAAGAAGAAUGUGCUAUUUGCAUGAUGGAGUACGAUGGAGAAUCAUUAUUAGCCAAAGAGAUGCCGUGCAAACAUAAGUUUCAUGCCGAUUGUGUAAACAAGUGGUUAGGAAUUCGCGGGUCGUGUCCCGUUUGUAGAUUCGAGAUGCCCGUUGAUGAAGAAGAAGAAGAGAAGAGACAGGAAAUUCAAUUGCAAUUGUUGUUUUUGGAUAUAACUUCGGGUGGGGUCAGCGGGUCGGGUUUGGAGAACGGGUUGGCAAGCGAUCUAGAUAUGGAUAGUCAUCAAGAGAUGAAUCAAGAUAAUUAUGGGAUGGAUGAUUAAUUGGUACAUCUAGGAAUUAAUAUUUCGGCGUAGUUUUUUAGGUUUGAGACUAGAAUUAGUAAUCAUUAAAAAAACGAUGAUUUAGAUCGAUUAGGUUAAGUAAUUGAUUGUUAUUUUUUUU